GGCAAGGGGCCAUUGUUGACAGGUUUUGUGUUGUUGUGAUGGUAGACCAGUAAAUGCUGAGCUUGAAUGUGUUGACAUGAAAAUUCUGCAGGAUGGAUAAAGUGAAAAAAUACUGGCAAACAGUUAUAAAAGAGCGAGAGGGCUUCUGGAGCUCUUUGUUUAGCAAGUAUGAAGAGGAAAAGGAAGAUGUCGACCUUCGAUCUUAUAUGGAUAAUAGCUCAUCAAGGAUCGAAACGUUAUUGCAACUAGCGGUUGCUAAUGGGGAGGAUGCCAACCCCGAACAUCCAUGUACCAAAGUGGCACAAUGCUCUGAAGAGCAGCCGUGUGAAGUGUCAGAUACUAACCUUCAACUUAGUGAUGAUGUAAAUCAAGAGCCAAAACAAAGAAAGUCAACAUGCUUCAAUCAUCCAGUUGCACAAGUGAAAAAGGCAGAGCCACCUGCAUAUGUUGUCGAAAUUAUGCCAGAGGAAGAAGAUGAAAAAUGGAAGUCAAUUUUAUUCUCAACUAAAAAAUUGAAACUUUAUGAUUCUUUAGUGAAGACUAAAGAUAGUAUGGAGGACUUUGUCACUGAUGAUCAAUCAGUAAAGUCAAUUGAAAGUUCUCAUAGUGAAGCCGUAAAUGAAAGCCUUGCGCCAAACGUGUCUAUGCAAAGUGAGCCGUUAAGAUUCGUUUGUCGUCGUAUAAAACCAGCACACACUCGCAUUCACAGUAAUUAUCGGACAAUGGUCUGACGAUGUACGUCACGCCCAAAUCCAGUCAACGUACGAAAAUUCGUUCUGCGCUGCUAUUUCCUUGAUACUGAACGCGUUCGUUAAUCAUGCCCAUUCGGCACUCGCCAAGCCGAAAUAUUCGUAAAGGUUCUGUAAUUACUCACCAACUGCCGGUUUCAAUUUCUCCGCCUAAAGGAAGAUGCAUAAUGUGCGUGCAGCUUCUGUGAUCCGCACGCUCGGCGCGAUGAUGUGUGAUCUGUUUUUCUGAUUGAUAAGCUGUGUGGUGAGACGAACACGUCUAGAUCCCGCCGGUCAGAUAUUUAACCUUCAACA